UAUUAAAUUUUCGAGAUAUUAUUAUGGUUAAAAGGGUUAUAGAAGCCCUUAAAAGUAAAUAUUUUUCACAUUUUAAUUGUUAAGAUUUAUAUUUUAAAAUAUUCUUUAAGAACCUAAUACAUAUGUUCAGGGAGAGUUUCUAAAGAUCAUUAACUUAAAAAUCUUAACUUUCUUAGACCCCAAAUUUCUUUCAGUGGAUUAGCACCCUCGCUUUCUUUGCAAUUCGCAGAAAUAUUUCAAACAUUUGUGCGUUUUGGCUGGGAUUUUCGCACCCAUCCGUACGUUUUUCACGUGGUUCCAGUCCACUGUGCACGGCCAACAUGUGUGUGGAAAAGUCAACGGCAAACGCGACGUUUUUUUUUUUCAGCUCGCCGCGGAGCGUUGGCGUUUCGCUCAGUCUCAGUCUCAGUUCUCGAGAAGACGUCGGUUGGAUCGGAUCGGAUCGGUUUGGAACGGAACGGAACUAAACGGAGAUAGGAUCGGUUCGGUUGGUUGUUUACGUUGCCCAUCGUGCAGUGGAGUUUGCGAGGCGGCGACAUCCGCGACGUGGUUUAUGCUGCUCUGCCCCUGCCGAAACCACAGUUCUCCAAUGUAAAAAUAAAAUUGCUCCAAUAUGUGUGCGCGAAACGGCUUUUGAAACAUUUUCGAAAAAACCCCGAACGAGACAGUAGUGCGAACCAGUGCAUUUGUCAGGGUCUUUGGCUUCACGGAUUCGUUACGGUGGUAUUACGGAUCGUUUUUCGAGCGACAACAAGACCAUAAGCAGUUAAGCAUGAAAGUGCUGUGCCUGAUAUUCGAAUUCCUGACGGUGGUUCAGCUGCUGGUCCAAGCUCAGAGUGGAUAUGUGCAGGAGGCGAAGAGAGAGAUAUGGGACGUGAUGGGUCACCAUCGGCAUCAUCACCAUCAGUAUCACGGAUCACAUUGGGUGGAUGGAAGGCGGGUGCAUCGCCUGCGAAUGCCCCACCAGCAACGAUGGAGUGGGCGACGGCGAUCGCUUAAUCACCAUCAGCCCUUCAGCCGUUGGUCACCGUGGUCACCCUGCGACGAGGAGUGCGUCAAGCGGCGGGAGCGAUUCUGCAAGGUGAAGCGGAAAUGCGGGCACACCAAGCACGUGGAGCAGAGCAAGUGCAGGCACUGUCAUCCUGCUCCUCCAAUAAAGUGGCAGCAGCCUAUAAUUCUGGAUGAUAGCCACUAUCGGGAGAGAAACCACCCGCUGCCUCAAUCACAGCCACAGCCACAGCCACAACCGCUGCCACAGCCGCAGCCGCAACCACCACCUCCGCCACCGCCGUCGAUUAUCAUAAAUGCCGCGGCUGCUGCGUCAAGUGGUCCCACUGUGGAUUACCGAUAUAACGAAUACAAACCUCCACCAGUUUCGGCAGCAACUUAUCCACCAACUCAUCCUCCAAUUUAUGCCCCAUCUUAUCCCCCAACUCAUCCUUCUAUUUAUGCACCAACUUACCCCUCAACUCAUCCCCCAACUCAUCCCCCAACUUAUCUCCCAAAUCACCCACCAACUCCUCUACCAACUUCUCCGCCAACUCCUCCCUCAAAAGCCGUAGAUUCGGUUCGCCACCUACCAAGAUAUCCUGGUCAAGAUAUAUAUAUAGAAGAUGAUGAGGAGGAUGAACUCCAUAACGAACCCGAACCCGAACACGAACUAGAACCCGAAGAAGAUUUCAUUAGCUCCGAUGAACAGGGUGACUUCUUUGUACUAAAACGACAUCGUCACAGGAGAAGGCAGAACCGUAGAAAGCCAACCCACAAGAAACCACCAAAGGUUGACUAUGAAGACGAUGACUUUGUGGAUUUUAGUGAAAGAAAGUCAUUGAGACCUAAAAAUAUGGGCGAUGAUAGUAGUGUGGAGGGAGAUGUUUUCCAAUAUGAGGACUUCGAUAUGUCUGAUCAAAACUACGCGGAUUCCGAGGAAUUGGAUAACGAAUUCCGGAAUAUUAGUUUGGUUCAGCCAAAUAAGGAUGGCUUAGGUCUUAGAAGAAGGAGGGUAUACUCAAAGUGGAGUCGAUGGACAAAAUGUUCACCAAAGUGUACAACAAGGAGAUAUAAAAAAUGCCGCAUCACCGAUCAGUGUGGACGAGAGGUUCUCCGGGAGAUCGCCUACUGCUAUACGGAGGGCAGUUUCUGUCAGCAGUGGCUGCAGACACAGUUCCAGAAGACGCCCGCCUUCGAAACGAGGCCAGCAUCUGGGUCACCGGCCAAUGCCAUGCGAAGAAUGCAAUCGGAACAGCCAGAGGUGUCCAUGAAUGACCUGAACUACAUUAUGACGGGAAAGGGUUAUCGAGGAAAGGAGUACGCUCCUCUGAAACUGAACUGCGGUAUUGUUCGCAGCGGAACUGGAAGGAAGAGCAUGUCCAACAUGCUAAAGAUCAUCGGUGGUCGGGCGGCGAGGAAGGGCGAGUGGCCAUGGCAGGUGGCCAUUCUAAAUCGCUUCAAGGAAGCCUUCUGUGGUGGAACUCUCAUUGCUCCUCGAUGGGUUUUGACGGCUGCCCAUUGCGUGAGGAAGGUGCUCUAUGUUCGUAUUGGUGAACACAAUCUGAACUAUGAGGAUGGUACGGAGGUGCAGCUAAGGGUAAUGAAAAGUUUUACACAUCCAAACUUUGAUAAGCGAACAGUGGACAGCGAUGUGGCACUGCUAAGGUUACCCAAAGCUGUUAAUGCCACCACUUGGAUUGGCUACUCCUGUCUGCCACAGCCUUUCCAGGCGUUACCCAAGAACGUGGACUGCACGAUAAUUGGAUGGGGCAAGCGACGUAAUCGGGACGCCACUGGCACUAGUGUCCUACACAAGGCCACUGUUCCCAUCAUACCAAUGCAGAAUUGCCGAAAGGUUUACUAUGACUACACUAUAACAAAGAACAUGUUUUGUGCUGGACAUCAGAAGGGUCAUAUAGACACUUGUGCCGGAGACUCUGGAGGUCCGCUCUUAUGUCGAGAUACCACAAAACCCAAUCAUCCAUGGACAAUCUUUGGCAUUACUUCAUUCGGCGAUGGAUGCGCCCAGCGAAAUAAAUUUGGGAUCUACGCCAAGGUGCCCAACUACGUGGACUGGGUGUGGUCGGUAAUUAACUGCAAUGGCAACUGCAAGAUGUAGUAGCAUCUCGCUGGGUACUUAGUAGACACGGACUUGGGUCCGUCAAGUUGCAGAGGCUGUGAAAAAACUAAUUUACACUUUAAGUGUCCGAUCCGUGAGGGAAAUCUUCGCUCGAUCACCAUUUCACAAUUCAUAAUGUGCUCAUUUUACGAUCCUAAAAACUAGUUAACUGCAAGUAAAAAAGGAACAAAGUCGAUUGUAAAUGUAGACAACCAAAUAUUUAUGUAAUUUAACCCCCUAAUUAGGCACCUACUAACUCUUGCAAUUUAUAAUUUUAACUCUCCUAAUGUACAUAACUGAACUCCCUAUGUUUAUUGUUAAAAAGAUAUUAAUAAGCUAAGUAUAAUGAAAGUUUGCUUAAGUUGAAAAAGAAAUACGAGAUGUCAGAUUGAAAAGUAAUCUGUGAAAAUCCUAAAAAAUUAUAUAACUUCUUAUAUAAAACUAAUGACAAUAAUAAAUGAUUAGCCAUAUGAACUGUAAGUAAAACGAAGAAACAUUAUAAUAAGCUUCUUUUCUGAACAACUAUA